UCUGAUGUCACAAGAGUUUAAAGUGACUGCAUAGUACAGGGAUUCAAACAGUUUUCUCUCACUUUCAAUUCUGAGUCUUGGCAAAAUACAAUGACAGAAGAGCAUAUCUCAGAAUCUCAGGACCUGUUGACCUGCUUGGUGUGUCUGGAUACACUUAAAGACCCAGUUACUACUCCAUGUGGACACAAUUAUUGCAUGGAUUGUAUUACAGGCUGCUGGGAUCAGACUGAAGAAUACAGCUGCCCCCAAUGCAGAGAAACCUUUACCCCUAGACCAAUUCUGUGCAGGAACACAGUGCUUUCCGAAGUUGUACAGAAAUUAAAGUUCAGGAUACCUUCACCAGUGCCUCAGAACUAUGUUGGGCCAGGAGAUGUAGGAUGUGAUGUUUGUAUUGGAAGAAAAUUUAGAGCUGUGAAGUCUUGUCUAACAUGCCUGGUUUCUUUCUGUGAGACCCAUAUCCAACCACACUAUGAAGGAGCUGCUUGGAAGACUCAUAAACUGGUGGGUCCAACUGGAAAUCUGUUGCAGAAACUGUGUCCCAAGCAUCAGAGAGGUCUGGAGGUGUUCUGCAAAACAGAUCAGACAUGCAUCUGCUUGCUGUGUGUCGCAACUGGACAUCGGAGUCAUGAAACUGUGGAGCUUGAGGUUGAAAGAGCUGAAAAACAGGGAAAGCUGAAAGAGAUAUUGGAUGAGAUCCGCGGGAGAAUCCAGGAAACACAGAAGAAUCUGGAGGAGGCAAAACAGAAUGUCAGACUGGUCAAGAUCUCUGCUGAGAGGGAAGUGCAAGAAGUUGAGAAGAGCCUUGCAGACUUGAUCCACUCUAUUGAAGAGACCCGCAGAAGAUUGACUGGACUGAUCAGAGACCAGGAGAAGAGUGAAGUGAAAAAGGCUGAAGGGCUCGUGGAGCAAUUGCACAAGCAAAUGGAAGAGCUGAAAAGGAAAGAUGAAGAACUUUCUGAGCUUUCCAAGGCAGAAGAUCACAUCCACUUCCUGCAGGUGAUGCACCACUCCCUAUUCAGAAAGCACCAGAGCCAAGCAGUAGAGAUGACUUUUUACACUACUCAUGUCGACUAACUUUGGACCCGAACAGUGCACACACACAUCUCAGUCUGUGUGAGGGAAAUAGGAAGGU